AUGGUGCCAGGAGCCUCCACUAUCUCUGACAGCCUCCAUCCCUCAGAGAGGCUCAGCCAGACCUGUCAGCCUGCAGAAGGUGCAGAGCCCAGGGACAGGUCUCCCAGCUCCGUUGGACCCUUGGACUUCAACAACAUGGACACAUCCCUGAGCACUGACAUGGCCAGGGAAAGCCCACAGGUCCAAGUGGGAGCCCAGCCUGAUCCAGGGGAGCCGUCUCAGGAGCAGGUGGAGGAGCAGCAAGUGUCCUGGAGCCAGCAGCUGCCGGACCACAGCUCCCAGGUGACGGUGCUGGACGUGCCAGCUGGCAACAGCCCGUGCCUUGUGGAGGAAAAGAUUCCCGGGGGACCAGGGAGUUUCCUCUUUCUCCAGGAAGCUGCUCCCAUACAGCCACCAAAUACCAACAAGGCUUCCAAGCAGGUCAGAGCAAGGUGGCCGGCGCUGGCUGUGGCCGCUGCACAUGCGGACACUCGGGGGGUUCCUGGCAGCAUCAGGCCCUGUGAUGGAGGCAUUGUCUUCUCCUCACAGCCCGACGGCACCUGUGUUCCACUGGAGAUCGUGCUAAUGGAGAAGGUGGGCUUUGGCUGCCGCAGAAUCAUCCAGUUCCUCGACUGGCUCCAGCUGCCUGACAGCUUCGUGCUGGUGAUGGAGUGUCCAGAGCAAUCUCGGGAUCUCUUGCAUGUCCUGCAGGAGCAAGAGUUCCUGAGCGAGGAGGCGGCACGCUGGCUUUUCUGGCAGGUGCUGGAGGCCGUGUGGCACUGCACCGCCUGCAGUGUCCUGCACCGGGACAUCAAGCCAGAGAACCUCCUCAUAAACCCAGACACUGGGGACAUGAAGCUGAUCGACUUCGGUUGCGGCACCUUCCUCCAGGAGCGGGCCUGCACACAGUUUGCCAGUGAG